GAAGCGGUGCGGCGUUGCCGUGCCCUCGGCGGGGAGAUGGUGCUGCUGAGCGUACCGCUGUGGCUGCGCAGCCGUCUGACAGAUCGCUUCUGGAGGGUGCAGGAGGUGCUCAAGUAUGCCCGGCAUUUUCGUGGAAGGAAGAACCGCUGCUAUAAGUUGGCUGUACGAAAUGUUCAGAGAGCUUUUGUGAAGUCAACACGGGCCAGAAAGCAGAAGAAAAGGUUCUUAAGAGCUCUCUGGAUCACUAGGAUCGAAGCAGCUUCUCUUGAACAUGGUUUGAAAUACUCAGCUUUCAUAAGCAAUCUGUUUAAGACCCAGGUGGAGCUGAAUAGGAAAAUGAUUGCUGAUUUGGCCAUUUAUGAGCCAAAGACAUUCAAGUCCCUCGCUGCCUUAGCCCAGAGGAGGAGACAAGAAGGUUUCCUCGCCGCCCUGGGAGACGGGAAGGAGCCAGAAGGGAUAUUUUCACGUAUCGUGCACCACUAUUGACAUCCAGCAGCUGCAGAUGGGCUCUGUGAGCAGGAACUCGUAGUGCAGGGCAGACCUGCUCCAUGGCUGAGGUCAGAGCUGUGGAACAACUCCGUGAUGAUUGUGGCAGGGUGGAAGGGCAGGGCGUGAUGUCUGUGUGGGUGAGUUGUGUUAAGAACAGGAGUUUGGUGUCAGCAGUGGUGAGUGACAGCCGUAGUUCUGAUGUUAAAACGUGUAUAGUGUGCAUAUACCUCCUGUUAAAGGCUUAAUAAAGACUCUUUUUUUAUUAACA